AUGGUGUCUCUAAACCGAAAACAGAAGUUUCAGCUCGCUGUGCCGGCUACUCUCCUGCUUUUUCUAUUCGUCUACGUUCUCCUCGGUGGGGGAUCCACGCAGAAAUCAAAGAGACAUGGGAUGCAUAUGGAUUUCAACCCACUUGAGCAUUGCAACGCUCCCAUGGACUCUGUUGUAGGUUAUAGUUCAGACGUCCCUUCUAUGAGCAACUGCCACCGCCACUGGCUGUCAGAGACAUACGCCUACACUACAAUUGGUUAUCCACAUGAAGUGAUGAAGAAAAUGCCGUAUGGGUCCGAGUGGAAGCGAGCACCAACUGGGUUGUGUUGGACCGCGGAUGAGUUUGUUGCUCGCUACCUUUUACACACCCGAGGAAUUUUCGUCUAUUUCGGUGGAAGCAGACACGAUUUGUACUGGGAGAACCUCAAGUUUUUUGGUUCAAGCGGGAUGCACCGUCUAUACGAGCGGAUUAACUUCGAAAAUAAGGUGGAAGUCACGACAACGAAGAGGCGCAAGCGGCACACGCCGCUCGUGGGCGAUGUUGUGGUAUGGGACUCGGACUAUAAGGCAUACUUUCCACGCGGUCACGUUGCCGUGGUUGUGAAGGUGGAAGAUGACGUAUCUGCUGCUGGUGGAGAGGCGGCACUUCGCGAACUGAAGAAGGAGCGUCGACAGCCCUCACUUGUUUACAUCGCUGAACAAAACUUCGAUAACAAGAACUGGGAGGGGAGAAACUUUUCAAGGGUGCUCAAAUUCACAUGGAUGCGCGGAGAUCGAGCUUCUUUGGAAGACCCUGAUGGACCGCCUCUCAUGGGCCACGUGCGCGUUGGAAAACUUUUAGAGGACGCGAGUUUCUUCGGUGACUUGUGA